AUGGAGGCGGAGGAGAAGCAGGACGACGGGUUCGAGCUCACCAGGGACGCCAUCAAGUCGCUGCUGGCGGACAUGUUCGUGGCCGGCACCGAGACGUCCUUCAUCACGCUGGAGUGGGCCAUGUCGGAGCUGGUCAGGAACCCCGCGGCCAUGGAGCGGCUCAAGAGUGAAGUCCGUGCAUCGGCGAAAGCCACAAGAGGAAGAGAACUUUCUCUCCUGCGACGCGACGAUCUAGGCCGCACGCGCUCGAUCGGACGGCAGAUAGGCACCGAGUAG